GUAAGUGAGUGAGAGAGGGGAGAGAGAGUGAGAGCUGUUACGGUGUAAAUGACGUCACAGGCCAGUAAGAGUCGUGUACAUCCAACGAAGCAUUAGUAUUAAUCUCGAAACUCUGCCAGCCAAAGCCAACAAGGCGAGUAAUAAUAAUAAUAAUAAUCACCAUAAUAAUAAUAAUAGUAAUAAAAAAAAAAAAUAAUUUUUUAAAGAAGUCAACGAAGAUGGAAAAUUCCGCCAUGUAGCUGUUGCUGUGUUUUUUGCGAAUGUGUGAGCGUGUGUGUGAGUAACGUGACUCUUUCUCUUCUUCCUUCCUCUCUCUCUCUCUCUCCUUCUGUCUAUCUGUCCUGUCUCCAUCUAUCUAUCUGUCUAUCUAAUCUCACGUAGUUUGUGGCUGAAAAUAAUGCCUAAAUGGAGGAAUGGCGACCUAUCCCUACCAGCAGGAUGGGAGGAAGGAACUGAUUACGAUGGAAAGGUAUUCUACAUUGACCACAAUGCAAAGAAAACGACAUGGAUUGACCCGCGCGACAGGGAGACUAAGCCUCAGACAUUUGCAGACUGUAUUGGCAAUGAAUUACCUUAUGGCUGGGAGCAAUCUUUUGAUUCUAACAUUGGCAUUUAUUACAUCAAUCACGUGACCGAAACAAACCAGUUAGAAGAUCCAAGAGUACAAUGGAGGGAAAAGCAGCAAGAAAUGUUGAAAGAAUACAUAAUUACAGCUCAAGAAGAUUUAGAAGCAACCAGAGAAAUUUUCUCUGUGAAAGAACAACGGUUGCAACUUGCUCAAGAAGACUACAAACAUUACAAUGAAGCUUUGGGUGGAUGGAAAUCAUCACAUACUAGUUUGAAUUCCAACUCGAGCGUAGGAAGCACCAAAUACGACCCAGAUUUGCUGAAAGCUGAUGUUUCUCAUGCAAAACAGAGAGUUGCAAGGCUUAAGCAAGAACUGGAACAAGUUCGAGCCCGAGUGCAUUACAAAGAGCAAGGUGUAGAAACUCUAGCUGCUGUUGAUCAGAAAUUAUCGCGAAUGGAUGGUGGCUUUACAAUAGAUGAAGCUCAAGCUAUAAUGAAUGAAAUAAAACAGACGAAAAAAUGCUUGAAUACAGAAGAAAAACAGAAACAAGAACUUAUGAGGUCACUUGCCAGGUUGAAAGAUGAUUUAACACUCAGUCGGAAUAAUGGGUCUUCUCCAGAUUUAUCAACACUUUCUAUACCUCAAGAGAAAGCCAGUACUGCAUCUCAGACAGACAUAAGUUGGGAACUCGGUUUGUCAACUGACAACAAACUUGCAGAGCAAACUCAGAUACAACUUCAGUUUGACGAAUUAAAGAAGAAUUUUUCCAAUUUAAAGAUGCAAUUAGUAAAAGCUCAGUCUCAGCUGGUGCCUGGACAAAAGGAAUCUGAUAAAGAUAGGUUAUUGCUAUUAAAAGAAAAAGAGCAACUACUUCGAGAGUUAAAGAGUAUAGAUGACAAAGGGCGUAGUGAACACGAAUUAACAUCAAUCAAAUCAAGAAUUACACAAUUGGAAAGAGAUAUUUGUCUUGCAGUUGGAAGUUCUGAUAAAUCGAUCAGCGACAGAUUGAAGCUUGAAGAUCAGAAAGCAAAGAUUAUCCAACAGUUGCGGAAUACCUCAAAAUUUAUGACUGUUUUAGAGUCACAACUGAAAAGCACUUCAACAAGUCAGCUGUCAAUCUCAUCUGGCUCAAGUUUGGGUUCACUUGGUUCCUUAGGGUCUCUAUCUGCCAGUAGUCAUGGAUCUUUAGCAUCAACCAGUAUGACAGACAUUUAUAUUCAACCUCAACUGAGCAAUGAAAGUUUGCAGGAUCUUCAUCGCUGUGUUGGUCAAAGAUUGAGAGGUCACAGUAUUUCACCUGGUCUUCUAGAUAAAGAUCUAAAUAUAGCUACUGCAGCUAUUGGAGGGGCUUCCAACUCUGACACAACCUUAUCCUCCCAACCAGUUGCAAGUGGGGUUAACUAUGGGGCAUGCUCUUCUUCUUCUCAUCCAUUCCCAUCACGGAAAGUUGGAACCGGUGGAAAUCAGACUGCCGUUGUUGGGAGUGAACCUUCAUCUUUGUCACCACAUUCAUCAUAUUCUUCAUUAUCUCCACCAACUUCACCCUACGAUAUUGGUCCACCACCUUCUUACGAAGAGCACAUGAAUGCUGUGGAACGCCAGAAACGUGUGGCCGGUGCUACUUCGUCCCUUGCCAUGGGAGGAGCAGCUGACCCAGUAACAAAGACUGUUCAACUAACUGAAAGUGCUAACUUUUUACCGCUGCUGGUGAAUAACACAAGCGUCACAACCCAAACUGCAUCACCUUAUCAACUCCCUCCACACAUGCUACAUUCUGUGGACUCAGAUUGUGUAACCAACACAUUACAAGGAAGUGCCAUCUGCAAACAAGUAGCUACGCACCCUUCUGUUGUAAUGGCAGGAACCACACAAUCCGCAUAUGUAGAUAAUACAGACAUUGCAUCUAACCCACCUUUAAGCCCUAUUAGUGAAACCAGCUCGGGUGUCUGUAACAAUCUUUCUGGUGUAAAUACAAGCAGUGUUUCUGCAGCAGUCAGUGAUGAGUCUGUUACCGGAGAUAGUGGUGUCUUUGAAGCUUCAGUAAAACGAACUGGCUACCUAGAUGAGGUUCUACAAAUGGAAAGUGCACAAAUUCAAAUUACUCUUAAAUACGAUACGUUUGAUGGAAAUCUCCAUGUAGAAGUUGAUCAGGCUCGGAAUUUGGGAGCACUUCCACUUCCAGAGAAAACGAAAAUAGGUAUCAAAAUUGCUCUACUACCAUUUAUGCCAGUGUGUUGGGAAACAAAACCUUCAGCAGAUAUGAAAAAUCCAAAAUUUGCCGAAAGUUUCAAAGUUGCCAUUCCUAAAAAUUUACUACAUGCUCAAACGUUACAGGUUAAUGUUUGGAGCAUUCCCGAUGGUAAAGAACUAGAAUGUUUGGGAUGUGCUCACAUUAGUCUUGCUGACUUCAAUUAUCAGGAAGUAUGUGUACGUUGGUAUAAUGUUCUAAGCUUCAAAUUCAUGCAAUCCGAUAAUAUGAAACAAACUGUACGAAAAGAUCCUGUUUCAAAUAUUGAUUAUACUCACUUACUAAAUGCCGUAAAAGACAGAAUAGGACGAAUGUCCGUACAGCUUUCAUCUGACAUGAGGAAAAACUUUCCCUGUGAUGAGCAUUCUGUCUCUGAAAAUACCAAAGAGGGCAAAAAUGUUGUUACAUUUGGAAAAGAAGAAAGUAGUGAUGAAUCAACAAUUAUCUCAUCUCAAACCUCCACUCUUACACGUAACCAAGGCCCAGAAGCAAUGCACAGUCAUGAAGAUGAUGUUCAUGAAGAGGAAGAUGAUAAAGACACAGAUUCAGUUGAUCUUGUGGAUUCAACUAAAGAACAGGAUCCAUCUAUAGGCUGGACGUCGUUGGAUAACUACGAAUCGGUUGAUACUGGUGAUGAAAUCAAAACUUGUGAAAAGGGAACAAACACAGAUGGUGAUUUUGUGUACAAAGCAAAGAAACGUCCCACAGAAACUGUUCGAAAGAGUACAAUAAGACGUUCUCAGACAUUUUCACCAGCAGACAGACAGGGCAGUGCAUAUGUUUGUAAAUUAAACCGCAGUGAUAGUGACAGCUCUAUGCCUCUAUAUAAACGUGGGCCAUUCCAAAGAAACUCUACAGUGCGGCAAAGUUUAAGGUGGAAAAGGCUGCCCGGUGCAGCUGGUUCAUCUCUUCGAAAAAUGCCAAUACGCACGUCUGUUGACUUGGAGCUGGAUCUUCAAGCCUCCCAAAGACGUCUUAAUCAUUUAAGAGAUGAUGUUUACAGAUUAAAAGAACUCAAAAAAGGGAUGGAAGAAGCAAAAGCAAGAGGAGCAAAUGAACUACCAAGUUGGCUUACAGAUGAUGAAAAUUUCCAAAGGCUUUUAUCUGAAGCUGAUAAACUAGCUCACAAAAGUGAAAAUGAUCCCGACAACUCAAAGCAAAAUAAACGUGCUGAACAAAUUAUGAAAAAAGUUACUAGAGAUGUUGAAAAGAUUCAAAAGAAUUAUUUCCCGAAUGCUUUCAGGUGAGUAAAACCUCCCUUUUCUUAUUGUCUCAAAUUGUUUUUAUACCUUUUUUGUUAUAUAAUUUGUUUAGAUAGAAUCUAUGGACUGUGCUGUUUUAGCUAUAUUCAUUAUAAAAUUAUUCUCAUAUAUCUCUUUUUAAUUUCUAUAUAUUCUGUAUUUAACAAUUGUAUUUUUUUCCUCAGUUAUUAUCAUCUCAUUAUUAAUUAAAUUAUGAAGGAUCCCCUUCCAUUUUUGUUUACUUCCCUAUUUGUACACAAAUAAGACCAGUAAUUUUUAAUUUUAAUCUGACAAAAUUUCAAAUAUCUUCCAAAUCAGUAGGAGAAAGCUAUCAUUAUUUACUCAUAAACACCUGUCCAAUAUAGUACAUGCCUUUCUUAUCAAAGAAAAUUACCAACUUCCAAGUGAAUGAUAGAGAAAGUAGAAAUCAGAACAUAUUUAUUGAUAGGGUUAGUCUAAAUAUAUUGGAGAACAUGUUAGAUUUUUCUGCAUGUACAAUAGUUUGCUUGACGAUAUCAAACCCACGCAAAAAAUCAAUACUUUUAAGUGAAAGAUAGGAUAGUUUAUUGAUAAUGAGAUCAAGAAUGCAGUGUAGGGGUCAGAACUUGAUCCUUCCUUGAUGUUGAUGAUUUUCUUUGACCACAAAGCAUCCUUACAUUGGGAAUAGUAACAUAAAUUCUUCUAUUAUUAUUUUCUUAUUGAUUAGAUUGAACCUUAUUACCUCUACUCAGGUGUUGAUAAGGUAACAAUUAGAUUAUCUAUUUAUGUCCGCAAAAUAUCUUAUGAUUAUAGUUGUACUCACAGUUGUCUCUGGCUGAUAGGCUGUGCACCAGUUGAUGCUUCUACUGAAGCACAUUUACAGUCUCAUAGCCUAACUUACUAUAAUAUAGAUAAUGUGAAAGAACAGCUUAAUUAUAAAAGAAGGCAGUUUUACAUAAAUCAAAAAAAAAAACGAGGAACAAGUUGUCUGUUUGAAAUAUCACUGAUUAAUACCUGCAAAACCAUGAUCCCAAAGUUUGAAUUACUGUCUUGAGUGUGCUUCUAUUAAUUACACCUUAUCCACAUUGUGGGGAGGGUGAGGUAUGAAUUACUGUUUGAAGCUUAUGGUUACAUCAAUGUGAUUAAUAUUUGGAUUUUUUUAAAGACAGUAUUGGUUUUUGUCCUUUAUUCUUCUAGAUUCAAUCAAGUACUUAUACUACACUGGAUUUAAUUUGGUCCACAUUUGCUAAAAGUUAUAAGAACCAGUCUUCAAUUUUCUUAGUCAUUAAUUGGGUAGGAAAGGUAAGAAAAGAGAAAAAAUGGACUUCCAGUUUAUGGGUGAUCCAAUGAUAUGAGGGUAUAAUGUGAAGUUUCCAGUGAAAGUGUUCUGUAAGAUUAUGGAAAAGAGAGGAGACAGGAAACAGUAUAGAACAAGAGCACUCACUCAGUGAGUAACAAACCUCCGCCAAUGCAACACCAACGUCCUCUCAAUGAUUAGCCAGAGAUGAUUUUUUAAAUGAGAAUAUCUGAAAUAAACUCAACUGCUCUCACAAACGAGAAUACUAAAAAUGAACCCGACCACUCUAAAAAUUAAGUUUUAAAAAAUGGAAAAAUGAUCUGGAAUCCUUGUCUGGUACUGGAUCGAGCCCAAAAUCUAAUCAGUUCAUGCCAGUCAUGAGGCCAAAACAUCCCUGAAAGUUUCAUCCGAAUCCAUCCAGCGUGGCGGAGGCAAUGAGGAAACAAUUCACUAUGACAAAGUUUUAAGGGCCAUUUCUAACCUAUUUUGAUAUUGUUUGAAUUGUCUUAAAUCAUAAAAUGAUAAAAAUAUGGUUAUGAAAUUUAUUUUAUCCAGGUGUUAAAUAUUUUUAUCUACAUUGUAUUGCGAUGCACUUGAAAGUUAUAAACCUGUCUAUGCUACAAUAAUUUCAAAUUUCUUGUAGUAUGUUGUGCUGUGAAUUCUCUAUUAAUAACAGUUUUCUCUGCCCUUUUUGUUCUUCCUUUAAUAGUUUCUACUCUGUUACUCACCAUGACUGCCCUUUCACAACUAUAAAUCUGUCACCAUGUCAUACUUUGCUACAUCUUUCUUAUCACUCUGCUUGCAAUCAUUGCGCUCUCCUCUCUCUCACCCAGGUAUAGGAGCCCUUUGCACUCUUAGUCUAUAAAGUUGCAAGGCAACCACACAGGUGCAAAAAACAAAAAAAAAUAGAAAGAAAACCCAGUGCAUUCUGUAAAAUGGUUGCUCUUAGGAAGGGAUCUGACUAAAGAAUCAUUGCCAAAGCAGAUAUAGGAACACACUGCAGUUUUCAGAUGCAGUUUUUCUCAUUCAGGAUUCUGUCAAACUGCCCAAACCAUAGCAGGAUGGAAAAGUCAUUAAAUAGGGUGGUGAUGACAAUGAUGAUGUUUGUGGUGGUGGUGGUGGCAACAGUGACACUGGUACUACUGCUGCUGCAUAUAUUUUUUGUAGGGUUUUUUUUUUUAUGACCAAGGCUAAGAUUAGAACUGCAAGUUCUAAUUUAUCUGUUGUCAUUAUGUUGUAUCUCUGAGGGUUCUUAAAAUCAUUUUGAUUCAAUUUGUCUGACCAAACAAAACCUGUUCCUCUUUUACAGUUGGAUGGUUAAAGUUAGCACAUUCAGCAUUGAAAACAAUUGUUCAAACUGGUAAAUCACUUUUUUUAAAAACUAUUUUGAAAAUA